AUGUCUCACAACUUUGAGAAGUCGGUGAAGGGAGCCACCAAGAUAAAGCUUGCGGCCCCCAAAUCCAAAUACAUUGAACAUAUACUUGUUGCGACUCAUACAGGCGAGGCAGGUGUUGCAGAGAUAUUUCGGACGCUGCAGCUCCGACUGCGCGACUCAACAUGGACCAUUGUUUUCAAAGCUCUUAUUGUUGUCCACUUGAUGAUAAGGGAGGGACAGUUGGAUGCUACAUUGCAGUAUAUGGCAGAGAACCCCAGAAGACUUGCCAUCAGUGGAUUCUCAGAAGUACAGUCGCAAGGCCAUAAUAUUCGAAGAUACUCCGAUUAUCUCAUCGCGCGUGCGCGUGCCUUCGAGGAUACAAAGACCGACUACGUGCGAAGCGGACAAGGUCGGAUGAAGAGACUGACAGUAGAAAAGGGACUUCUGAGGGAGACAGAAAUAGUUCAACAUCAGAUCCAUGCACUGCUCAAAUGUGACCUUCUCACUGACGACGUCGAGAACGAAAUAUCGUUGACCGCAUUUCGCUUGCUGGUUUUGGAUCUCUUGACCCUAUAUUCGGUGAUGAACGAAGGAACAAUAAACGUUCUUGAGCAUUACUUUGAAAUGUCGCGACCCGACAGCGAACGUGCGUUGGAAAUAUACAAGACAUUUACGGUCCAAACGGAAGAAGUCGUGAAGUUUCUGGGAGUUGCUAGGCAUUUCCAAUCUGCGACGCGAUUGGAGAUCCCUAAGCUCAAACAUGCUUCUACGGAUCUUACGCGACUUCUGGAGGACGAUCUCAAUGACCCUGAUUUCAACCUUCGCCGGCGAGAAUAUUUGGCACGGAAGCAAGGGAAAAGCGGCGGAACUCCUCCGCCUGUGAGUAAAACUGCGACAGGCGAUAGGGCCGUGAGCAACGCGAACACUAUGCCGGCACGGCCUCAAACCCAGCCGAAUCCACAAACACAGAAGUCAAACCAAUCGGACCUUAUCGACUUCUUUGAUUCAAUCGAGCAGAACCAGCAGCCGAUGGCCCAGACCAAUCCGUUCCAGCAAGCGCAAUUACAGCAGCAACCGCAGGCGAUGCAGUUCCAGCAAACCGGGUUCCCACCGCAGCAACAGGCCUUCUACGCGCAACCGACGGGCUUCCAGCAGCCCCAACCGACUGGGUUUGACCAACAAGCGGCGUUUGGAAACCAGUUUGCGCCGCAGAAUAUUCAGCAAUUUGGCCAGCCGCAGCAGCAGCAGCAGGCUCCCCAACCUCUUCAACCCAACCACACGGGGGCCGGAUUUGGUGGUUAUUCGGCGCAGCCCCAGACAUACGGUUUCCAGUCAAACCUCGCUCCCAUCCCGCAGCAUGACAUGAGUGCAUUCUCCCAGCAGCAACAAAUGCCAAUGGCUCAGCAGCAGUUGCAGCCACAGUCAACCAACCCCUUCCGACAAUCGAUGUUAAUGAGCACGCCGACCGGAUCGGCCACGCCUGCCACUCCCCUUAAUCGUCAAAAUACGAACCCCUUCGCACGACGUUUAUCAACAGUCAACCCGCAGCUUGAUACCGGUGUUCCCCAAGCCUACCCGCAGGCGCAGCCGCAAGCGCCCCAACAGCCAGCGCCACUCCAAGCCCAGCGGACGGGAACUAAUCCGUUUGCCCGUGCGUCCUCUGUUCCCCCACCGCAGUCCCAGGGCCUGCAACCUCCUGCUGCGGCUCCUCUGCGACCAAACCCUACGGGGAGCACGAACCCUUUCCGUCAGAGUGCCUUUGUGAACCAACAGACUGGCCAAGGGUGGCAUGUCGGCGGGCAACAGGGCACAAUGGGAGGCUUGGAGCAACUAGACACGGUGCCCAUAUUCCCGCGACCGGGGCUAUCAUAA